UGAGUUUCCCUAUUCUUUUCCCUUAAACAAAAUUCAAUUUCCCAUUCCUUUCUUCUUCGUCGUCCUCGCUUUUCAUUCCGUUGUCCAUAAAGCCAUCUUCAGUACAAUUUGGGAGGUAAACGGCAGCGCUGUUAUUGGGUGUUCCUAUUCAACCAUUCCAAUUCGAUCCUAACCCCACUCUCUCUCUUAUUCGUAUUUUCAUUUCGAUCCGAAGCCAUCGCACUGUGUUCUCAUGUCUAUGUGAGCCAACAUUUUUCCUGCUAGGGUCCUUGGGGGGUCUAGAUUUUCUUCCGAGAUUUGGGAGCUAUCAAAACAGGUUAAUCUGCCUGCUGUUCUUCUGCCAAUUCGUUGUGUUCAGUUUAGGGAUUCUGUAAUUGCGCAUCGGCCAUGCGCUUCAACGAAUUAGCGAGUUCUUGACAGCAUAAGGGCAUAUUUUUCUCCUGGGGUUUCUGAUUUCAACAUGUCAGCAGCUUCAAGGGGUAGAGUUACCAUUACACUUGGCCGUAGCGGACAGGUAGUAAAAAAGGCCGGCCCAGGGACUGAUGUUUCCGUCUCUGAUUCUUGGCCUGUAUCUGGAACCAAGCGGUCUGUAAGAGAUAGGUUGGGAAGUAGCUCUGAUAGUGAUCUGUUUUAUGGAAGCCAACUCAAUAACAAACGAUUUCGAGGAGAUGAUGGGAUGUCAAAUUGGAGUUCUAAUGGCGGGUUAGAUGUGCCACAUAUUGGUAAAGACGACCUUCGGUAUAAACUCUUGCAAAAAGGUGCAUUCAAACGUGCUCAAAGCGAUAAUAAGAAGUGUUUAGAUCUUCGGGAGAAGCUACCUAAGGCAGAUCAAGCUCCUAUACGACAUCGUAAUUCACCAUUGCACAAUACAAAUAUCUUACGCCGAACCCCUUCAACCAGAAGUGCAGAUGACCUACCUCAGAAGGACUCGUUAGGCAGUUCUUAUUCCCCAUGGACCAUGGAUAAUUUGAGACAAAGAUCACCCGCUAGAAUUGUAGAAUCCUCAAGGCACUACUCUCUACAAAGAGAUGAUGAGAAACUUCAGAGAAGGCCAGCUAACCUGUCAUUUGAGAAUGCAAGAUCAGUGGGGUAUGUAGCCAAAGAUGUUCACAAUACUUCAGGUUCUGUUAGUACUGCAACGUAUGUGACGAACUCUCUAUUGCCCCCUACAUCUGCAAAGCCUGUGGCACCGAUUGUACCUUUACAUCCUCCCCCAAGUGGCAUUGCACACAAAACUCUCUAUCCCGGCAACGAACUUCAAACUAUAGAUGGCUUGUUGCAGUCUCUAGAAUUGGGAAAAUAUUCCAUUCUUUUUAAGGCUGAGGAAGUUGAUAUGACUGCCUUGAAGCAAAUGGGGGAGAAUGAUCUCAAAGAGCUUGGAAUACCUAUGGGACCUAGAAAGAAAAUACUUCUUGCUAUUGCUCCACGAUCCAAGCGACAACCUUGACGAUAAAGCAUCUCUUUGAUUUGGCUGGUUUAGUUCUGACCCUGAUAUUUUGAAGACUCUUGAGACUCGAUACCAUAUGUUCUUUAGAUGUUAGUGGUAAGAGAAUGGUUCUUGGAUCUGUCCUAUCUUGUUCUUUUUCUUUUUUUUUUUCUUUUCCCUUAACAAUCCAACAACAUUCUUAUAUAUUGCUGGGGGCAUAACUUUUGUUUUCACUCCCAUUCAGAUACAUUUUUGCAGUCCCAAAAUACCGAUAUAUGAUAGUCUGGUAUAAAAAUAGUGUCUCGAAUUACAGCGAGGUUUUAAGUUCAGAGAGAUUUGUAUAUUUCCAAAUGAUUAAUUUACACUCUCCUAGUGAAGGAAAAAGCCAUUCAAAAUUUUAGCUAAUUCUGAUGUGAGCUUGGACUUUAGAUCACCGAGUCUAUGCGGAAGAGGAUUUGUUUCUAAAACUACUUUAUUGCAUUCUGAACAUGUAAAAUCUUGGUUUGUGCAA